AUGUCGACGCGUUCGCGCACCGCCGGUGUGUCGGUCUCGGCUGCUGGAUCCACCAUCCCCGUCAUGAAGCGUGCAAGCACGUCGACUUUGGCGUCGGCGCACCACGCAGGCGAAGUCAAGAUGUCGGUCAUUGCGUCCAGCAAGCAGCCUGCCGCGACCAAGCGCCGUGCCGCUCUUGGCGAGCUCGCUGUCGCUCCUACCGAGGGCAAGGGUGAUGGCAAGGCUGAUGGCAAGAAGGCUGGCGCCGCCGAGCGCCGUCCCUUAGCCUCGACCCAGUCCCAGCAGCCGCUCCGUCGCACCACCCGUGCCGCCUCUACCGUUGACGUCAAGCCCGAGCCCGUUGCAUCCAAGCGCAAGGCCGGUCCCACCGCGACUCGCCGCCCAGGCAUCAGCCGGGCAAACUCGGCCGCCACCACGGCCUCUGGCUCCACUGCUGCGUCCAGCACCGCCGCUACCCGUCCCACCCGUGCCCUUAAGGAGACGGCCUCGCUUUCAGAAGUCUCCGGCCCCGCUACCAAGCGUUUCCGCGCCUCGGCCACUCCAGAGGAUGUGCUUGGCGACGCACAGUACGAUGACGACAACCACGAGCUUGAUGUCCGUAGCCCCAAGCGCAGGCGCGCCAAGGACGACGGCUGGACCGACCUCGAUGCCGAGGACGAGGGUGACCCGACCAUGGUCGCCGAGUAUGUGGUGGACGCGUUCAAGUACAUGGUGGAGAUUGAGAAGAACACCAUGCCCGACGCCAACUACAUGGAGAAGCAGGACGAGCUGCAGUGGAAGAUGCGUGGAAUUCUCAACGACUGGAUCAUCGAGGUCCACUCCAAGUUCCGCCUCUUGCCCGAGACCCUUCUCAUUGCCAUCAACCUCAUCGACCGCUUCCUGUCGUUGCGCAUGGUCUCGCUCGUCAAGUUCCAGCUCGUGGGCUUGACUGCUCUCUUCGUUGCCGCAAAGUACGAAGAGGUCAUCUGCCCCUCGAUCACCCACUUCCUUCACAUGACCGACGGCGGCUACGAGGUCGGCGAGAUUCUCCGGGCUGAGCGGUACCUUCUUUCCACACUCCAGUUCGACCUUUCCUACCCCAACCCCCUCCACUUCCUCCGUCGUGUGUCCAAGGCCGACGCCUACGAUGUGCACGUCCGCACCAUUGCCAAGUUCUUUAUUGAAAUCAGCUGCCUGGAGCACAAGCUCAUCGCCUUCCCCCCAUCGAUGCUUGCCGCGGCUGCCAUGUGGCUCGGCCGCCUGUGCCUCGACCGUGGGGACUGGCACGCCAACAUGGUCCACUACUCGGAGUACGCACAGCACGAGCUCCUUCCUUGUGCUCAGGUCAUGCUUGACUACAUCAUCAACCCUGACCUCGACACCGCUUCGGCCUUCUACAAGAAGUACGCCAGCAAAAAGCACCUCAAGGCAUCCGUCUUUGUGCGCGACUGGGCCUCUCACCGCUGGCCCGAGUCCGCCGACGGCGUCUCCCCGGACCAGGGCAACGAGCUCGCCGUCGAAUUCGGCGGCGAGGUUCAGGCCCCCCCUCCUGCCGUCGAGUCUUGA